GAGCUCCCUGUGUGAAUGCAUGCCCCAUUGCUUUGCAGGGAUCUUCGCUUUAAUAGAAUCCGGGAGAUCCAGCCUGGGGCGUUCCAGCAGCUGAGGAGCCUGAACACGCUGCUUCUCAACAACAAUCAGAUCAAGAGGAUACCUGCGGGGGCAUUCGAGGACUUGGAGAACCUGAAAUACCUCUAUCUGUACAAGAAUGAGAUCCAGGCAGUGGACAGGCAGGCGUUUAAGGGACUCGUCUCUCUAGAGCAGCUAUACCUGCACUUUAAUCAGAUCGAGACUUUGGACCCGGAGUCAUUCCAGCAUUUGCCGAAGCUGGAGCGGCUAUUUUUACAUAACAACCGGAUCACACACUUAGUCCCGGGGACAUUCAGUCACUUGGAGUCCAUGAAAAGACUGCGCCUGGACGCGAAUGCACUUCGCUGUGACUGUGAGAUCCUGUGGCUAGCCGACCUACUGAAAACGUAUGCACAGUCGGGGAACGCCCAGGCUGCGGCCACCUGUGAGCACCCCAGGGCUCUCCAGGGUCGCUCCGUGGCCACCGUCACUCCUGAAGAGCUGAACUGUGAAAGACCGCGGAUCACCUCGGAGCCGCAGGACGCGGACGUGACCUCAGGGAACACCGUGUACUUCACCUGCAGGGCUGAAGGCUACCCUAAGCCCGAGAUCAUCUGGCUGCGGAACAACAACGAACUGAGCAUGAAGACCGACCCCCGCCUCAACCUGCUGGGUGACGGGACCCUGAUGAUCCGGGACACACAGGAGGCCGACCAGGGCCUCUACCAGUGCAUGGCCAAGAACGCAGCUGGGGAGGCCAAGACGCACGGGGUGACCCUGCGAUACUUCGAGUCUCCAGCUCGGCCUGCUUUCGUGAUCCAGCCACAAAACACGGAGGUGCUGGUCGGGGAGAGUGUCACCCUGGAGUGCAGCGCCACCGGCCACCCUCCUCCGCGCAUCUCCUGGACGCGAGGGGACCAGACCCCCUUGCCGGCAGACCCUCGGGUGCACAUCACGCCUUCCGGCGGCCUCUACAUACAGAGCGUGGUCCAGGCGGACAGCGGGGAGUACACAUGCUUUGCCUCCAGCGGCACCGAGAGCAUCCAGGCCGCCGCCCUCAUCAUCGUGCAGGCACUUCCCCAGUUCACGGUGACUCCUCAGGACAGAGUCGUCAUCGAAGGGCAGACCGUGGACUUCCAGUGCGAGGCCCAGGGCUACCCACAGCCAGUCAUCGCCUGGACCAAGGGUGGGAGCCAGCUGUCCGUGGACAGGCGACACCUGGUGCUGUCGUCAGGGACCUUGAGGAUCUCAGCCGUGGCCCUGCACGACCAGGGCCAGUACGAGUGCCAGGCGGUCAACAUCAUCGGCUCCCGCAAGGUCGUGGCCCACCUGACCGUCCAGCCCAGGGUGACCCCGGUGUUCGCCAGCGUGCCGCGCGACCUGACGGUGGAGGUGGGCACCAACGUGCAGCUUCCCUGCAGCUCCCAGGGCGAGCCCGAGCCGACCAUCACCUGGAACAAGGACGGGGUCCAGGUGACGGAAAGUGGGAAAUUCCACAUCAGCCCCGAAGGGUUCCUGACCAUCAACGACGUGGGCAGUGCAGACGCGGGGCGGUACGAGUGUGUGGCCCGCAGCUCCAUCGGCUACGCUGCCGUCAGCAUGGUGCUCAGCGUGGACGUUCCGGAUGUCAGUCGGAAUGGGGACCCGUUUGUGGCUACCUCUAUCGUUGAAGCCAUCGCGACCGUGGACAGAGCCAUAAACUCCACGCGGACACACCUGUUUGACAGCCGUCCCCGCUCUCCAAAUGACCUGCUGGCCCUGUUCCGGUACCCACGGGACCCAUACACGGUGGAGCAGGCGCGAGCAGGCGAGAUCUUCGAGCGGACCCUGCAGCUCAUCCAGGAGCACGUGCGGCACGGCCUGAUGGUCGACCUGAAUGGGACGGGGUACCGCUACAACGACCUGGUGUCCCCGCAGUACCUCGGCCUCAUCGCCAACCUCUCGGGCUGCACGGCCCACCGGCGCGCGACCAACUGCUCGGACAUGUGCUUCCACCAGAAGUACCGCACCCACGACGGCACCUGCAACAACCUGCAGCACCCUGCCUGGGGCGCCUCGCUGACCGCCUUCGAGCGCCUGCUCAAGCCAGCCUACGACAACGGGCUCAACACGCCCCGCGGCGUCGACCCCCGCCGGCUGCACCACGGCCACCCGCUGCCCGCACCGCGCCUGGUGUCCACCGUCCUGAUGGGCACGGAGGCCGUGAGCCCGGACACGCACUUCACGCACAUGCUGAUGCAGUGGGGCCAGUUCCUGGACCACGACCUGGACUCCACGGUGGUGGCCCUGAGCCAGGCCCGCUUCUCUGACGGGCAGCACUGCAGCACCACCUGCAGCAACGACCCGCCCUGCUUCUCCGUGGCCAUCCCUCCCGACGACCCGCGGGCCCGCAGCGGUGCCCGCUGCAUGUUCUUCGUGCGCUCCAGCCCCGUGUGCGGCAGUGGCAUGACCUCGCUGCUCAUGAACUCCGUGCUCCCGCGGGAGCAGAUCAACCAGCUCACGUCCUACGUGGACGCCUCCAAUGUGUACGGCAGCACGGCCCACGAAGCGCGCGCCCUCCGCGACCUGGCCAGCCAGCGGGGCCUGCUGAGGCAGGGCAUCGUGCAGCGCUCCGGGAAGCCCCUGCUGCCCUUCGCCACGGGGCCGCCCACGGAGUGCAUGCGUGACGAGAGCGAGAGCCCCAUCCCCUGCUUCCUGGCCGGCGACCACCGUGCCAACGAGCAGCUGGGCCUGACCAGCAUGCACACACUGUGGCUGCGCGAGCACAACCGCGUGGCGGCCGAGCUGCUGCGGCUGAACCCGCACUGGGACGGCGACACGCUCUACCACGAGGCCAGGAAGGUGGUGGGCGCCCAGGUGCAGCACAUCACCUACCAGCACUGGCUGCCCAAGGUGCUGGGCGAGGCCGGCCUGCGCAUGCUGGGCCCCUACCGCGGCUACGACCCCCGCGUCAACGCCGGCAUCUUCAACGCCUUCGCCACGGCCGCCUUCCGCUUCGGCCACACGCUCGUCAACCCCGUGCUCUACCGGCUGGACGAGAACUUCCAGCCCAUCCCGCAGGGCCACGUGCCCCUGCACAAGGCCUUCUUCUCGCCCUUCCGCAUCGUGAGCGAGGGCGGCAUAGACCCGCUGCUGCGCGGGCUGUUUGGCGUGGCGGGGAAGAUGCGCAUGCCCUCGCAGCUGCUGAACACGGAGCUCACUGAGCGGCUCUUCUCCAUGGCGCACACGGUGGCCCUGGACUUGGCUGCCAUCAAUGUCCAGCGAGGCCGUGACCACGGCAUCCCCCCCUACCAUGACUUCCGGGCCUACUGCAACCUGUCGGCCGCCCACACCUUCGAUGACCUGCAGAAUGAGAUCAAGAGCCCGGCGAUUCGGGAGAAGCUGAAGAGGCUGUAUGGCUCGCCCCUCAACAUCGACCUGUUCCCUGCCCUGGUGGUGGAAGACCUGGUUCCUGGCAGCCGGCUGGGCCCCACCCUCAUGUGCCUGCUCAGCACCCAGUUCAAGCGCCUUCGAGACGGAGACAGGCUGUGGUAUGAAAACCCAGGGGUGUUCACCCCCGCCCAGCUGACCCAGCUCAAGCAGGCGUCCCUGGCCAGGAUCCUGUGCGACAACUCCGACAACAUCACGCGUGUGCAGCCGGACGUGUUCAGGGUGGCCGAGUUCCCCCACGGCUACGUCAGCUGUGACGAGAUCCCCAGGGUGGACCUCAGGGUGUGGCAGGACUGCUGUGAGGACUGUAGGACCAGGGGGCAGUUCAGCGCUUUCUCACACCACUUCCGUGGCCGGCGGUCUCUGGACUUCAGCUACCAGGAAGACAAGCCCACCAAGAACGCGCGGCCCCGGAGAGUCCUGAGCAUGGGGAGGCACAGGCAGCGUGCCAGCAACACCUCCUCAGCCUCCCAGGAGCACACAGAGGGGCCAGGGAUGGGCAGCUUCAAGGGAUUUGUCCUGGAGAUGCAGAAGACCAUCACAAGCCUCAGGAAGCAGAUAAAGAGGCUCGAGGCUCGGCUCAGUGCCACCGAGUGUGUGGACGCCAGUGGCGAGUCCCACGCCAACAACGCCACCUGGACGAUGGACGGCUGCACGACGUGCGAGUGCAGAGACGGGCAGGUCACCUGCUUUGUGGAAGCCUGCCCCCCUGCUGCUUGUCCGGCACCUGUGAAGACCACAGGCACUUGCUGUCCCGUCUGCCCAAAGGCCACCUCGGAGCCAAAGCCUUAGGCUUGAGGCCUCGCGCAAGUCUGCAGCACCGUGUGACCAGACGCCGAGCCGGAGCUGCAGACCGGGAGGCAGCCGGCUUCAGCCGUUACGGCAUCGUGCAGCCAUGCUGCCCGGACCGCAGGGCGGCACCUCUGCCCGGUGUGCUCGUGGGGACGGCCGCAGAGCAGACACCCCGACAGGGAGGCGCCCAAGCCCGGCUGGGGCGCCGUUUCUCAGGUUUUUAUUUAAUUCUACUAAAACCACAAAUUGGUGCUACUAUUAAACUGCACGGUUGGAUCA